AUGGAGACCGGCCAUGCAGAACUUGCCGGGCAACUGAGAACCCUUGUGUCUUCUCGGCCAGAAGAAGAGAGGCGAGACACUAGUAAGAGAGCAAUCCUCGAAUCUUUCGGUUACUAUCAAAUGCGAGAAUUGACCGACGUUGCUCUACAACAACUCUACUGGGCUUGUCGAAGAAGAACCGGCUUUCCGGGAGACAUCCCAGACGAGUCGAAAGGAGGGGUCUCGACCGACGACAUCUUGAAAGGGCUGGGUCUCAUGAAGCCCGAGUUCGACGAGCUGAAUUUUCCAAAGGAGACGGAACCAUUGAUGCGCAGCACCUGCCAUGGCGCAGGGCAGGUGCAACAGAGACGCUUCCACGCCAUCACUCCGUGUGAUGAUACCAACUACGUGGAGAAGCAGUCCGUCGCGUCGACCGGGUCGACGUCCAGCAGCAGCCCUCAAACAGCCAACGAAUCAGUGCAAACAAGCAUCACCACUAACACUCGCCAUUACACUAACACCCACCUGCCCUUCGCAUCCGACGUUGUUCGCACGCCGCCGUCCGAGGAGAUCGACAUGAAGGCCCAGUUUGAGCUGGCGUCUUCGCUCUCGCCCGCACCUCGACCUGGACGCGUCAAGAAUCGGACGCACUCUCGGGACGGACCCCUUUUUAACACCCAGGAGCACGUCAUGGAACCGCACCUGGACGUCGAUGCUUUCGUCGACAUGAGUCUCUGCACAUCCCCCACGCUGCAGCCACACCCUCAAUACUAUGGCCAGUCCACCAUGUCCUUCAGCAUGCCGGAGAUGGCCAUGCUGCCGCAGUUGCCCCUGGAGCAACAGGCCCAACAGCCUUCCCGCGAUCUCGUAUACGACAGUUACCUGUCAGCGUGGCCUGGGCCUGUGGCGACCGGUCAUCGAUCGUCGGCGCCUGGAUGA